UACUGAACUGCAACCGUAACGAUCACAAGAACGAGGAUUUAGCAGACUUUUAUUUUUGUCGGUAAUUUCCUGUGGAGCGCGGAACUAAGAGAGAGCAUCCAUUGUGUUGCUCAAAAUGUCGACUUGGGUCCUGAACGCUGUCUAGUAUUUUACAUGCAGCCUCGUGAGUUAUUUAGUGUUCGGGCCGAACCUUAGCAUUGAAACCAUCUUCGAACACGAACCAAGUGUGGUUUGUGCUAACCGGUGCCCAUAUGGCGUCCCAAAAUUCAAUAGGGCCUGCUUUGCCCCCAAACUUUAAAAACGCUGACGAUUCUGAUGAUGAACGUGACUAUGCCGGUCCCGCUUUGCCUCCCGGUUAUAAACGAGGAGAACCAUCCAGCUCGUCGGAUGAAAGUGAAGAAGUGGCAGUCAAAAGAGUCAAGACGUCUGAAGAAAAACAUACAGAGUAUGUCGAUCGGACGAAAACGCGGCAUACAAAAAAAAUGGAACGUGAACAAAAACAUAGUCGUCGUAUCUGUCGUUUGAACAGAUUUGAGAAGAGUAAGGAUGAAGAAGAUGACGGCUUCUUUGGACCCGCAUUACCACCAGGCUUUGGCAAGAAGCAGAGUUCACCAGAGAGGCCACCUGUGCUGGGACCAGCCUUGCCUCCUGGGUUCCGCCGUGCCGUAUAUGAUCAUGAUGAUGGUGAUGGUGAUGAAGAGGGAUUCCCAGGACCUGCCUUGCCACCAGGUUACAAGGCCGACUCCUUCAGCAGUGAGGGGGAGGAUGAGAUUAUUAUUGGACCCAUGCCAUCCGAUGGUCCAGUUCAAAAUACAGUGGCUCAAGACAUUGAACGUAGGGCACGAAUAAUGAAAGACAAGCUGACUAAAGUUGAUGUUCCUGAGGCGCCCAGCCGAGAGACUUGGAUGACUGAGCUUCCACCAGAACUACAACACAUUGGCGUGGGGGCUCGCACUUUCAAGAAGAGGUCGGGUCCGGAGAAGGGUGACCGCUCCAUUUGGACCGAUACACCCGCGGACGCUGAGCGCAAGGCCAGGGAACGUCUCGAGAAAAAGAAAAGGGGCGAGACUGAGAAAGAUUCUGCCCCACAAAUCUCUCAAAAGGAUUUGGAGAUGGCAGACAAGGUCUCCAAAUAUAAUAAAACUACGCGCUCAGAAUCUCUGAUGAGUUUGCAUACAAAGAACAUAAAGGAGAAAGCAACGCAGGUGAGAGACAAUCCAGUGGAGAGGAGAGCAUUUGAUCGGGAAACUGACCUGAAGGUCAAUCGCUUCGAUGAGGCGCAGAAGCAGCGCCUGCUGAAGAAAUCUCAGGAACUGAACACUCGCUUCUCCCACAGCAACGAUAGGAUGUUCUUGUAAGGACAUUGUUUACAGUCAAAUGUUGUCUCCUGAAUAAUGCCUACAAUUAUUUGGAAGAGCCGAGAGCAGGUGGAGCUGGCCUAGUUUUCCAGGGGAUUCUUGUAGUUAAUAUAAAAUGUUAUGACUGUAAAUAAAACUUCUUUCAACUCUGAUAUGACUUAAAAUGCAAAAAAAAAAAGUACAUUAAUUUCUUUAAUGGGUUAAAAUUGUUCUGUCAUUAAGAAAUGGGAAACAACCUUAAUGUUUUUUUUUAAAUGUAAAAAUUCACAGUAAUUGGAUUUCUAACAAUGCCAGUGAUGUUAUGACUGGACUUCAAUAUAAUGUUCUAAAAACUUUAUUGGGUUUUGCCACUCUUUGCAGGUGUACCAAAGUAUUUACUGCCAAGUUUCAUAGAAAGUAUUUUUGAGAAAAGGGAUCAUUGAGUUCAGUCUGCAUACUCAAACAACAUGCAUAGAAAGAGGCCAACCAUAGUGAAAGUGAUGAAAAACAUACAGUAGCCAAAAACAAA